CCUGUGCCUGGCUGGUCGGGGUGCGGUCAUGUCAGAGGAGCUCUGCUGAGCCGAGUAGCUACAGCUCCUCAGGAGAGGAAUUAAAACCAACUACCUGCAGAGCCCCAGGAAACGGACACCCUCCAGGAGAUGGACUCAGCAUGGACCACCACCGUCCUCCUGGUGCCCUGCGUGGUCCUGCUAACAGCUGGAUUUUUCUACCUCUAUGGUGUAAUUAUGGGACUGUUGUCCAAAACAUCAGUGCGCAACAAGGUGGUGGUUAUAACUGAUGCUUUAUCCGGGCUUGGAAAAGAGUGUGCAGGCGUGUUUCACAAAGGAGGCGCGAGGCUGAUCCUCUGCGGGAAAAGCUGGGAGAAACUCAAAGAGCUCGCAGAGGAUUUGGCGAAUGCUUCUGAUCCGACGGUGACGUUUCCUCCUAAGCUGGUGCUGCUGGAUUUUGGAGAUAUGGACAGUAUGCCUGAGGCAGAGAUCCUGGACUGUUACGGCUGCCUGGAUAUUAUUAUCUUCAACAGCAGCAUGAAGGUGAAAGCUCCUGCGCAGAGUCUGUCGCUGGAGGUGGACAAACUACUGAUGGACAACAACUACUUUGGGCCUGUCACUCUGGCUAAAGGUGUGCUGCCCUCCAUGAUCUCCAGGAGAAGCGGUCACCUGCUGCUAGUUAACAGCAUCCAAGGGAGACUGACCGUGCCUUUUCGCACUAGCUAUGCAGCCUCUAAACAUGCUGUCCAGGCCUUCUUCGACUGCCUGAGAGCUGAGGUGGAGGAGUACGGCAUCUCCGUGAGCACCAUCAGCCACACCUUCAUCAGCUGCUCCGCGCCUGGAGCCGCAGCCGCCUCCAAGUCCCCGUGGUCGUUGCUGUACACUAAGAAGCCCCUCGGCGUUUCUCCGGAUCAAGCCGCCACGGAGAUCGUGAAGACUUUAAACAACAAGAGGAAAGAGGUGGUGAUUGCACCAUCGCUCCCCAAGGUGGCCAUUUACGCCCGAUCCUUCUUCCCCAACAUGUUCUUCGCUGUGAUGGCUGCGGGGGUGAAGAACGCUGCCCCCCCUGAGAAGAUUUAGGUGCUGUCUCAACGCUAUGAUGAUGGGACACGAGGUUUUUAAGUCGCACAAAUAAGUGGAAGUCGAAGAUAUUUGUUUGAUAAUCUGAUGUUUCUGUGUAUGGAUUGCCAGCCAGAAAAAAGGGGCAACUUUACUACAAACAAGAAUUUUAAAGCAAUUCUUGACACAAAACAUUAAACUAGAGCCACAAAGCAUAUUUAAGCCUUAUGAUAUCUGUUUAUUUAUGCUAUCUGUUGCAUGUUUUUUAAACUUUCAUUUUUUAAACAUAAUUUGACUAAAGAAUUUCCCAAUAAAGUAGAUCUGUAAACUAUCCCAGCUGUUACAGGGAGAGAGGCAGGGUGCAAACUCUUGUCUUUGUCUUAUUUAUUGUAUUUCCAUUCAUGUUUGUUCAUUUCAAUAAAUAACUGCACCUGUUUCUUAUUUUCCCAGCGAAAUCAUACUGUAAAGAUCACCACAUGUAUGUAUGUUUAUGUAGUUCCCAUUUCCUCCAAGACGAUUUGACCAAUCUUGAUUAAAUUUUGCAUCAUCAUUGCCUGGGGUACUGUGAGUGCCAACAUCUAUAAGGCAUCUAUAAAUAUCUUGUACAAAUCCCACAGUCGUGUAUGUAUUUGUACAUUUGACACUUUCUACAAUGUAAUGUCAGAUUAGAAUGAUGUCACAAGAUAAUGUAUCAUAGCCUCAUACUGUAAUGAUGGUCAUGUAUGUAUGUUUAUAUGUUCUGUGUCUCUGUGGCACGGGGGGAGAGGCAGUCAAAGACUUUUGCACAGAACUGCUAGAAUUGUUGACCCCGUAUUGAUUUGAUUACAAACAAAAGAGAAUAAUUGUUCAAGUAAUAAUUGUUCAGCAUGUUCAAGUGGAACUGAGCACCGUGAGUCUUAGCUGAGUUGGUGCAAAUGAAUCAAAUUUGACUAAGCCUAUUCUGAUACUAUGUAAAACAUACAGCAGCU